GCCUACGAAACAUGGGAUGAAAGAUUGCACCAACUGCAUGGCGACUUUCAGAUGUGGUGCAGAGAGCACCAUUUCCGGCCCAGCCUUCUUGAUGGACUGAGUCUGGUCAAGCUGGGGAUCGAUGCGAUCUCACUGGAUUAUCCGCUGGGACCAGGCAAGGGCUGGACCAAUCGCGUGCUGAUGGCAUACUUGGCCGAGCGGUUUUCUGUGCUUUCCGAAUCGGUUCCCGAGCUUCGAUUGGCGGCAGUGAAUGCCUGGUCGAUAACAGCCUUCUCGAAUCUGCUGGACAAAUGCCAAAUCUGGCUGACGGAUGAUGAAGCAAGGCUCGGCAGAUGGUAUUGCCACUCCUACCUGGCUUUGGCUGCGCAAUACCUCGAGAUGCUGGUACCACG